GUCUCACUUUGCAGGCUUCUGGAGUGACAGUGAAUGAUGAAGUCAUAAAGGUUUUUAAUGACAUGAAAGUAAGGAAAUCAUCAACCCCAGAAGAGAUCAAAAAAAGAAAGAAAGCCGUUCUCUUCUGCUUAAGUGAUGACAAGAAACAAAUCAUUGUGGAAGAAUCAAAGCAGAUAUUGGUCGGCGAUAUUGGAGAUACUGUGGAGGACCCCUAUACAUCCUUUGUCAAGUUACUACCUUUGAAUGAUUGCCGAUAUGCUUUGUAUGAUGCCACAUACGAGACAAAGGAGUCUAAGAAAGAAGAUCUGGUAUUUAUAUUCUGGGCUCCUGAAAGUGCACCUUUAAAAAGCAAGAUGAUCUACGCAAGCUCUAAAGAUGCCAUUAAAAAGAAAUUUACAGGCAUUAAACACGAGUGGCAAGUAAAUGGUUUGGAUGAUAUUAAGGACCGUUCAACGCUUGGAGAGAAACUGGGAGGCAGUGUGGUAGUUUCACUUGAAGGAAAACCCUUAUAAAAAGACAGACAAGUGCCAUCUGGAUCCUAAGGAGCUUCCAUUUCUGCAGCUCAUUCAAUUGGAAUAGCAUUAGUCUCCCUUACCCCAGUCCCCUCCCUCUGCCAACUUCCCCUCCCUACACAUCUGAAGAAGAUGUUAUUAAGUUAAGCAGUCUACCAGUGAUUGCCAUUAGACUGUUUAAUCCUGGUAGUUUUAUGUAGAACCCAAGGAAUGCUUUCACGUCAUACUCUUAGCCAAAACUGACGUUGCAUGCAUUCCUUGCAACAUGUACAAUGAAUGUGAUAGUUAAUGUGAAUAGUCUAGCAGACAGCAAAGGGUAAGCUAAUUGAAUGCCUUGAAAGUAUUGUCCACUGGCCGGAUGGUAGACUCUAUUCAGUAUUACUUACAGUUGCACUUGAUUGCAGUUCCAUGAGGCUCUUGUGCAUUCAUACACCUCACCUGCCUUGACAAGCCUAUUUUUGUGACAUGGCAGCACACAACACUAUGCAUUUAAAGCACUUUUUUGUAAUAUGUUUUACCCUCCCCCCCUCAAAGGAAUGCCAAUUAAGUUGCUGUAACUGUGUCGUCAAACUAUUGUAGUACCUCAGUUUUCAUUCCUGUUACAUGCAUAUCUUUAUAAAUGAAGUAGCUGUUACAAUGCCUUUUUGUUUUCCAUUGAAUGUACACUACUGAACAGGAGUAGAGGUUAUCUGUUUACCAUGUGAGUCUUGGAACACUAAAGUUGUUUUGUAAAACAUCAUUCAUGAUGGCAAUUUCUGUAUUAAAAAGAGCCUUAAAUGGAACACUGUUUUUGAGAUCAAAAAAAACACACAACCCAGCUGGCCACGUUGCAAUAAAACUUGUGGCUUAUUACA